GAUAAAAUGCUAUUUUGGUCAUUUUAGUUUUUGAGUGCUAUUUUUGUGAUAUAAACUUAAAAAUGUACUAUUUUGGAGAUUUGCCCGGCCUAAAACCUCCUUAUUUUGGGCCUCCUUAUUUUGGGCCGAGGUAAAUGAAGAAAAUAGACACGUCGUUCCUUCGUAGGACUACGAUGAUGAAGUUAAAACGACGCUGCUCUUAUGAGUUAAUUUUGCUUUACCUUCUCAAGAAGAUGCUCGGGAAGUUCAAAGGAGAGUGUGAACUGUGAAGUCAACAAGAGUUUCAGAAGAAGAACUAAGUUUAGCAUCUUUCACGCAUGGAUUCUCGCAGGAGUUUGGCCCAGAUGAACUCUCAGACUUCGUAUGGAGUUGUAGGGAAUUCCAACGAGGAGAAACGAGUUAUAGAAAAGGCAAGGAGUUUGCUCAACUGGUUGACUGAGCGGAACUUUGACAAGAUAAAGGAUGAGAUCGUCCAGACCAUUAUAAGAGCGUCCCCCUCUGCUUUCGUUAUCAAGUCUCUAGUGUGUUUCAUUUUAGAUAUGGCGAUGGUGGACAGUACUGCCAAUGUCUUAUCCGCUCGUCUAUCCGUCCAUCUUUUUCACUCCCUUCCUCCUUUCCCAACAGCUGACUGUCACGGCGAGAUUACCACUUUCGAGAGGCUCUUCUUGUGUAAAUGCCGAAUGGAGCUUGAACACUCAUCUCCUGAAACUGAUAGGCAUGCACCACUUGUUUACGUUGACGAAUCUGACUGUUGGAGAUUUAUCAAGACCGUGCGUCUCUUGGCUGAAAUCUUCAAGAAUAGGAUGCUCUCCCAAACUACUCGCCAAAGUAUUAUUCAGGUGCUCAUGAAUCCCAUCCUCCCACCUGAGAGGAACACCGAUUCUAUGAAUUGUUUUCUGUCCUUUGUUGGAGUUCUAGCUGACUUUCAAUUUUGUGAUGAAAAUUUCAAGCAGCUAGUGCAAAAUUCACGGGCUGUAGAGCUGGAGAGCAGUUACAAUGAACAAGUCACGCUUAGGAAGGAAGCAGAAGAUGCACUUGCUAGAAAUGAAGGAGCACUAGAUUUGAUGAAACGGCUACUUGAAUCUUACAAGGAAGACAAAUGUAAAUUGCAUUUACAUGCUCAAGGUUUGGAGCAAAAGUACCAAAAUGAAUCAAAGCUUCGGAGAGAAACAGAAUGUGCGCUUGCAAUAGAAAGGGAGAGCAUUGCCAAGGUAAGGCUUCAACUAGAAACUCUGGAAAACGAACACAAUAACUUGCGGUUGAAAGCUGAGGAGCUCGAGAGCAACUACACGGACGAGCUGAUUCUCAGGAAAGAAUCAGAAAUUGCACUUGAUAAAGAAAGGAAUGAGUUGGAGGCGAUGACGCAAGUGUUUGAAACUUGUAAGAUAGAACAAGAGAACCUGACCUCGCAGGUCAGAACUUGGCAGGACAAAUACGACCAAGAGCUGAGCGUUAGGAAAGAAACAGAGGAUUCUCUUUCCAGACAAAAAGAAGAGCUUGGGAUAGUCAAAGGACUACUAGAAGCAUACAACCAAGAAGCAGAUGCAAUGCGAGAAGAGAGGGAUAGUGCUCUCCAAACAGUACAAGAGCUCACAAGAAAGCAUUUGGAAGAGCGUCAACCACCGCCCUCUUUUUACUGCCCCAUCACACAAGAGGUGAUGAAAGAUCCACACUUUGCUGCGGAUGGAUUUACAUACGAAGCAGAAGCUAUUGAUAAAUGGUUUAGCACAGGUCACGAUACGUCACCCAUGACAAAUCUCAAGCUUCCUCAUCGGAACCUUGUCCCAAACCGCGCUCUCCGGUCUGCUAUUCAAGAUUUGAGUUGAUUCUUCUUCCAGUUCUCUAUAAAACUGAAAUUUGGUUUCUCUCUACCUCUACUACUGUAUGAUAUAUGAACCUUGACUUAUUUUGCCAUCUGGUUUUUGGUACUCUACUAUUUUAGUUUUUCCAUAAACCAUAAAUAUGGCAAUUUUUCUCUCCUAAUUCCUAAGACACUAUUUUUGUCUAUAAAACGAGAAAAGAUAAGACAAGGCAAAAGCUCCAAAUAGAAACUCUUAAAACUGAAUAUGCGUUUCAAGGCCUCUGAGGAGUUUAUGGCGAUGAAGCAACUGCUUGAAACUUGCAAAAGAGAACAGGAGAACCUGAAUUCACAGGUCAGGAGUUGGCAGACAAGCACGACCAAGACGCUAGCCUUAGAGAGGGAACAGAGCCAGAGGAUGCUCUUUGUAGAGAAAUACAAGAGUUUUUUUACAUACUCAAUGGGCUGAUUGAAUGAAUAUAUUACAACAGAGAAGCAGAUGCGAUGUGAGAAGAGGGGAAAAAUGCACUCGGAAGAGAUCUCAACAAUAGCAAAAAGGAAGAGCGUCCACCUCGACCAUCGUUUAUUUACCCAUAUCUAUCUCACAGGCAAAACCCAUAUCUUUACAAGAAGAUUACUUGCACGACACUCAAUUUCGUAAGUAGCCUAGGUACUAAAUAUUGCUUACUUUCAUAGAUGUUGCUAAUCGAAAAUUCGAAACCAUUGACAAGCACUCCAAAUGGCAUUUCCAUAUAUAUAUAUAUACAUAUAAAUAAGUGCGCUUGCUGUCACUUCAUCAAGAAACAAAGUAGAAAUUUAGGAAGAUCACAUGAUAUGUCUGCCUCAUCGGCGGAUAAAGUUUACGAGGAAGACUGUUAUUGUAACUAUUACAUGAUUCAAGUAGAAUACUUAUAAUAAGAAUAUAUAAAUAUUUAACUCUGUUUUGAGGUACACAGAGUAGGGGGUACCUAUAAGCAGCUGGAAGCCUGCAAAAGCUUUGAAGCUGCAGCUAAGC